AACAUUAUAAGCAAUAUUUAAUAAGUACUUAGGAAGGUAAUUAUGAGGAUAAAAUUAAUUCUAAUUAAUCAUCAAGUAGAAAAUCAGUCUAAUUUCUUAAUUAGUAUACCAUUUAAUGUUUAAACUUUUGGAGAUUUUAAUGAGUACUUAAAGGAAUACUUUGAAUUACCAGAAUCAACCCAUUUAUAGUUUUAAUUGGAUGGAUUUUGCAUUCUCCAUAAGGAAUCAAUUCAUUAGAUGCUCAAAGAAUUAGAUACUUUAAAGGUAACUUUAGCCAGCUAAGAAACACUGCUUUAAAAAAGAAAAGGAUCUACUCUUUCAUCUACCUCUGUCAAGAAAUUAAAAAAAGAGGAAUUUACUGAAAAUAAAUUAGCUGAAUUCAUUAAUGAUAUGCUUUAAAUAUAAAGAAAUAUUGAAUUAGAAUAAAAUAAAAAUAAUGAAAAUGAUUCUUCUUUUUCAAGUGAAGAUAAUGAAGAGCAAGAGAAAAAGAUAAAAGACAUUAAAAAAUCAAAUUUGUAGAAAUAAUAGAAUUAAAAAUCUCAAAGAGUAGUUAACAAUAUUAAGAAUGAUAAAAGCACAAAUAGUAAGGACCUCUAUUAAAAAAUCAACUCCUUCAAAUAAAACCUAAGCAAAGCAAAAGCUUUAAAAAGUUCUUCUGAAAGUAGUAGUGAUAGCUCUGAGGAAAGUGAAUCAGAAAUUGAAAAUGUCCCUAAAUUUGGGAAUAAAAUGUAAGGAAGUAUUUCAGCAAAAUACCAGAAGGUUUUAGAAAAAGAGGCAUCUUCAACAAAACAAUAAUAAAUAGAUAAAAAUAGUUAGGGAAAAUAAAAAAAUCCAAUUUAGGCUACAUUCUAAAAAGGAGAAACUUUUAUGUAACCAAUUGAAACAUUGAAUGCAUAAGCCAAAGUUAUUCAAAGUAAAAACUAACAACAAUAAUUAGUUACUCAAGCUAUUAAAUAGGCAGUAGAUAGUAAAGGAAUUUAAAAUUUAUAAGCAAAAGGUUAACAAUUAUAGUAAGUAUAGAUAAAUUAAGCACAAGCACGUUAGCUUAAUUCAAUUUAAACAGAAAAGAAAUAGGAUAAUUAGACUAAAAAUGUUUAAAAAUUAGUUGAUCUUUAAAAGCAAAAUACAAAUGUGAACUAGAAAGAUAAUAAUGCAAAUAAUAAAGUUGUAGCAGAAAAACCUACUCUUUAAGGAGUUUUGAAUAAAAAAAUAGUUAGAAAGGCAUCUUCUUCAGAUUCUUCUUCUUCCUCUUCCGAUGAUGAUAGCGAACCAGAAAUAAUUUAAAAAUAAUCAAAAAUUUAACUCAGUUUUGAAAAGCAAAAAGAGUAGUUGAUCAAAACAUCAAAUUCUACAGUAAAAUAAUAAGUUUAAGAAUAGCAUAAAAGCUCAGAAAAAGUAAACACCCCAUUAAGCAAACAAAAUCAACAACAUGAAGAAAAGCCUCAGUCAUCUUAGACAACUCCAUCAAGUAAACCAACAUUAUAACCUUUGCUGAAAGGUCCUAAAUAAGAACAUGUUUUGAACCUUAAUUUGAAAAGCCCUCUUGAAAUAUAUGAAGAAAAGAAAAUACUUUGGAAGUAAAUUUCUCCAUUUAUCACAAAAAUGGAUAAAAAAUUAAAGAAACUGCAAGAAUAACAGGCUUAAAAAUCUUAGAAAAUUGCCAAUGAAAUUAAUAUUAAUUCUUAAACAGAUCAACACAAUCAAUAAAAGGAAAAUUAAACUCUCUAAAAAAGUGAAGCUGCACACUAAAAUCAACAAAUCCAAAUAAAAUAAAACAAGAAAGAUCAAAGCUAAAUAAAACAGAAUGACCAAGAUCAAGAUUUACCUCCUUUUGAUCUAAAAGGUUUUGAUAAAAUAAAUUUGAAAGACAUUGUUGAUUAUGAAAAGUGCUUACAAAAAAAUUUUUUUAAUGAAAAUGAUUAAAUAUAUUUCAAAGAAGUUGAAUUGGAUGAAGAAGCUUAAUGCCCUAAAUUAAGUGAAUGGAAAAGAGGCACUGUUACAUAAAUUAUAAAUGUUAAGAAAGUAAAAGUUUCUGUCUCUGUUGACGGUAAAAUGGAAUCUAGUACAUUUGAUACCUCUGUCUUUAAGGCACUUUACUUAAAAACAUCAAUUGAAUAAGCUUAAGAAAAGAAAGAGCAAGUCUAACAAAUACAAGAGGAAACAAAAAAAGAAGAUGACUCAAAAUAGCAGCAGUAAAAUGAACAAAACACCUACAGAGCUAUAAAUGAUAAAAACAUUCUUGUUGGAAGAACAGUUAACUAUUACUACAGUGACAAAAACUAUUACUAGGACAAGUACAUUUUAGAGCAUUCUAAUAGAAACUAGGACCAUUAUAUGCCCUUGAGCUUGUUAUUAAACUUCCCAAAAAUAAAGAAAGAAGUAAACUCUAUUGAAGAUUUAGUACAAAAGCUAUAAACUUUCAUCAAAAUUACUAAUCAAGUUAUAUAAUUUGAGUUAAAUGCAGAUAAAACAAUGAUAAGAAAAAAACAACUCAAAAAAGAUUAAUCAAAUGAAAAAAACUUUUAAAAGCAAAAUAAUUAAAAUCAUAACAAGAACUAAAAGCAAAAUAAUCAUGACAGUAAUAAAAACAACCAAAAUAAUAAUGCUAACAAGAAUGGUGGAAAUGUGCCAAAGUUAAGUCAAACCUUAAUAAACUAAAUUCAUAAUAGUCAUAAAGAUUAGUCUUCUUCUUAGAUAAAUAAUAAUAAUAAUUUGAAGAAAGAGUUUUGUGAGAGCUAAUAAUUUGAUGAAAUAUAAUAAAAGAAGGAAAAAUUUGUUGACAAUUAAAAGGAAAGUGAAGAGGGAGAAUUCGAUGAGAAAAUGUAAAUUGAGUCUUAAGAAUAAAAUAAAGAUAAUGAAAUUAAUAAAAAUACUUAAAUGGAAGAAGAAAAAGAAUAAAAAACAAUUACCCAACAAAUAGUUUAAAAUGUCGAAUAGUAAAUUAUCAAAUAAAUAAACGAAUUAUCUCAACAAAAUCAUUGA